AUGCGGUUCUACGAAAAGCAGCUGCCUGACACUGACGAGAUCGUCAUGUGUCAGGUGCGCCAGAUUGCUGAGAUGGGCGCAUAUGUUAAUCUGCUCGAAUAUGACAACGCUGAGGGUAUGAUUUUGCUGUCUGAACUGAGCCGACGACGUAUUCGCAGUAUCCAGAAGCUCAUCCGCGUAGGUCGCAAUGAAGUGGUCGUCGUGCUGCGUGUGGACAAAGAAAAAGGAUACAUUGAUCUUUCGAAGCGCCGCGUGUCGCCUGAGGAUGUGAUCAAGUGCGAAGAGCGCUACAGCAAGUCGCGUGCCGUGAACAGUAUCGUGUCACAUGUGGCACACAAGCUCGACUACCCUGUGGAACAGAUAUACGAAAAGGUCUUGUGGCCACUCGACCAUUCGUAUGGACAUUCAUACGAUGCGUUCAAGCUCGCUGUGACAGAGUCGGCCAAAGUAUUCGAAGGUAUCGACAUUGAACCGCACGUGCUUCGAGAGCUGGAAGCCAACAUUGCACGUCGUCUGACCCCACAGCCCGUCAAGAUUCGUGCCGAUGUAGAAGUCUCAUGCUUCGGAUAUGAGGGUAUCGACGCUGUCAAGGCAGCCCUGCGCGCUGGUGAGGCGGUGUCAACGGAAAACAUUCCCAUCAAAAUCAAGCUUGUGGCGCCACCGCUCUACGUCCUGGUGACGCACUCGACUGACAAAGUCGGUGGUGUCGCACUUAUGGAACAAGCCUUGGAAAAGAUUCAGGAAACGAUUGAAAAGAGCGAAGGCAAGGUCACAGUGAAAAUGAAGCCCAAGGCAGUCUCGGCUGUUGAGGAUGAAGAACUGGCACAGCUCAUGGCUAAGGUUGAGCGCGAAAAUACAGAAGUCCAGGGCGAUGACGACUCUGAGGAUGACGAGUAA